AUCCAUCACAAACAAACAGAAUUGCUCCCAAAAGGUAAUGACUAGUUAACAAAGGCAUCAGCUCUUGAAAUAAGGGAAUGGACUCCACUAACAGCAGCUCAAGGGAGCACCAUACAAAGCCAGUGAUGAGAAAGAGGUGCAAGUAUCAAGUGAGGUGGUUCUAUUCAAAAGGAGCAUUUCUUGUUCUACUGUGGACUACACUUGUCAGUGCAACUGUGGGAUCUUAUGGGACAGAUUUGGGAACAAGAAUUCUCACAGAACUAGACGAGCAAGACCGUUUUCAAUGGUUCAUAGCACUACCAUUCAUUGCAAUCCCAUUGCUAGGAUGGUUAGCAGAUGCUAAGCUUGGAAACUACAGAGUCUUUAAAGUAAGCUGCUUCUUUUUACUGAUAGGAACGAUAAUCAACUGCGCUCAAAUUCUCUACUUUCCACUGUUGAAUUCUAUUGCACUAAGAUACACAAGUGCUGUCAUCACAGUACUAGGAUAUGGAGUGUGUGCAACAAAUAUAGCAGUUUGCUUAGUGACAGCCUUACAGCUUGGUUUAGAUCAAAUGCCAGAUGCUUCUUCCACUAACGUUUCAAGCUUCAUCAGUUGGUUCAUUUUUUCAAUCAAUUUUGGAUGCUGGAUUGCUGACUGGCUAUCAAGUACACUCAUGUACUGCAUAAAUAACUUGGCAAUCAAUGAUUUUCAAAAAAUUCAACUGUUUAGCUUAUUUUCAGUAUUAUGUAUAGUACUGAUUUGCUCUUCAAUGUUUUUGCUAGCUCCAAAAUGGCUAACUAUUGAACCAAAGUCUCCUAAAGCCCUCAAAACCAUCUAUCAAGUUCUCAAGUUUGCAGCCAAGCACAAGGCUCCUAUUUAUCGCAGUGCUCUCACAUACUGGGAGGAAGACGUACCCUCUAGACUAGACCUAGGUAAGACAAAAUAUGGUGGUCCAUUCACUAUAGAGCAAGUUGAAAAUGUCAAAACUUUCCUUAGAAUUUUUGUGAUGUCUUUCCCAAUAUUUAUCAUUGUAACAGCAUUUGGGAGAAUUCACAUGGAUACAAAUAUCGUGAUGUUUGAUAGUGUCCAGAAUCUUAACCUCAACAUUACUAACUGUACAUCAAGCAUCAUAUACACGUUUAGUUUCAACCCUUGGUGGAGUGGUAUUGUUACAACAGUUGUCUAUGAAUUUGCUUUAUAUCCACUCAUAAGAAACAAAGUACCCAGCUCUAUUCGACGAAUUGGAGGUGUGGCUCUACUUAUCCUGCUACUGAAUAUGCUAAAGUUGGCUAUUCAUUUCUCUCCAUAUGCACAAGCAUCUGUACUUUUAAUGAGGGCUCUCAGUGGCUUCUUAUCUGUACUCCUAAUAAACGGGAUACUAGAAUUUGUGUGUGCCCAGUCACCAUACAAUAUGCGAGGACUUCUGACUGGCUACAUGAUGUUACUCUUGAUUAUUGCAAUAUCUCUGAGCAACCUAUCGACUGAUAUUGGACUCAAUUUGUCAACAAAAUUGUACCUAUCAACUGCACUGAGUGUGAUUGGAUUGGUCCUGUACUGCCUCCUGGCUCGCUGGUACAAGAGGAGAGUUAGAGACGAGGACUACAAUGCACACAGAGUGGUGGAGGAGGUCUAUGAUCGAUACCUCUCUCAUGUACAGUAUAGAGGUCGACAAGAAUAACUAUGCAACUAUAUAGUGAUAAAAGGAUACAUGUCCAUAACAUACACACUUAUUGACUGUUAAUUCUGUCUGUUUCACUAACAACAAAUGAAGCCACUUAAUCUGUAUGUCCUAUAACAUGCUAUGUAAAUGU